UUUCAAUGCAUUUGCAUCCUCCAACCAAACACGCAUUCUGGGAGUGUCACUCUCCUUUUUCUUUGUACGGAACUCUACACUGGAGAGCUCCGUCUCCACAGUAGUUAGCCGCCGUUCACUGUUAAUGCUGCUCCGCACAACGUAAAGCUCACAUUUUUGCGCGACAUGGCCGUCGUUCCCAACUCUCUAAGGCUGAAGAAGCUCUUCAACCUUGAUAAUCCCAAUGAUAUCAGAAGACCACCCCAGCAACCCUUAUCACUUUUCCUGUCGACUCUCAGCGAUCUAUUUUCCAAUCCUUCUGCCUCCUCCGUCGCAACCACUUCCGUCGAUUCAAAAGGCGGUGAUGCUGCAAAACCCAAAUUAAGCUCACGCAAGCAAGCUCGAGCAAUGGCUGAGCUGAUCAAGUUCCAGCAGUGGACUCAUCAAACGGAGUCUUCUCUCACCGCUAUCUCCGGCCCUUCUCUCUCCGCGGAUACUAUUGCUCAGACCAUCAGCCUCAUCAAAGGAUCUCGGAAAGCCCUUCAGUUCUUCGCCUGGGCCGAAAAAAACGGAGUUGCCAAUACACCCCGAUGCUAUUUCGUCAUGCUGGAACUCCUCGGGAAAGAGAGGGACCUCAAUGCCGCCCGGAACUUCCUGUUUUCCAUCCCCAAGAGAUCUAACGGUGCUGUAGAACUCGAAGCCAGGUUCUUUAACAGUCUGAUUAAAAACUAUGCUUUAGCUGGGCUCUUUGAAAAGUCCGUUGCCCUUUUCGAAACAAUGAAAUUAACCGGAAUUUCCCCAUCUGUAGUCACAUUCAACACUCUCUUCUCAAUUUUGAUGAAAAGGGGUCGAACAGGUAUGGUCCACCAACUGUAUGAUGAAAUGCACAAGACAUUUGGCGUCAACCCUGAUUUGCACACAUUUAAUAUUUUGAUUAAAGGGUGUUGCAUGAAUUCAAUGGUGAAUGAAGGUUUCAGGUUCUUCAAGGAAAUGGAGAAACACAACUGUGAGCCCGAUGUGAUCACGUACAACACCCUUGUUGAUGGUCUGUGUAGGGCCGGGAAGGUGAAAAUAGCUCAAAAUGUGGUAAAAGGCAUGGUAAAGAAGGGAUCAAAUCUGACCCCUAAUGUUGUCACUUACACCACUUUGCUUAAAGGAUAUUGCAUGACCAAUUCAAUUAAAGACGCUUUGGAUAUUUUCAAAGAGAUGGUUGAUUUAGGGAUAGAACCAAAUAAUAGCACCUAUAACAUUCUCAUACAAGGCCUUAUAGAAGCUCAGGAGUAUGAUAAAGUUAAGGAGCUAUUCAGGGUAGCUAAAAAAGAGAACAAAGGGUUCGUUCCCGACACAUGUACAUUCAACACAUUGAUCAACAAGCAUUGUGAGGAAGGUAAUCUAAAGGCGGCAUUAGAAUCUUAUGAUAAGAUGUCUCUCCUAAAAGUCCAUCCUGACUCGGCCACUUUCAGUAUCUUGAUAAGAUGUUUGUGCCUGAAGGGAGAUUUUGAGACAGCAGAGAAAUUCUUUGAUGAUUUAUUUGAGUCAGAAAUUGUUUUAUCGAAUGCCGGAUGUACACCUGUUGUUGCGGCGUUCAAUUCCAUGUUCAGAUAUUUGUGCAAUAACGGGAAGACGAAGAAGGCCGAUAAAGUCUUUAGACAGUUAAUGAGAAGAGGAAUUCAAGAUCCUUCUACUUUCAAGACUCUCAUCAUGGGACAUUGCAGUGAGGGAGCAUUUAAGGAUGGGCACGAACUUUUGGUUUGGAUGUUACGGAGAAAUUUCCUUCCAGACCACGAAACAUAUGAAUCUCUGAUUGACGGCCUGUUACGCGUGGGAAAACCAAAACUCGCCUAUGAUACUCUUGAAAAGAUGUUGAAAAGCUCACAUCUUCCCACAACUUCAGUGUUCCAUAACAUUCUCAUGGGGCUUGCCAAACAGGAUUGUGCUCUUGAGUCUGCUGAUUUAGUGGUGCUAAUGUUGCUUAAAAAAAUCAGACCAAACAUCACUCUUUCGACUGAAACCAUAAAGAUACUUUUCAAAUCCGGUUUGCGAGAACGGGCAUUUGAGAUUCUUCAGGGUCUACAUGAAAAUGGCUAUUUGGUAAAUAUUGAAGAGUUAAUUUUGUUUCUUUCCCAGAGGAAGGAGUUUUCUGGAGCACGUGAAUUGUUACUUUUUAGCCUAAAGAAUGGUCUUAGUGUUGGGAUAGAUGUGUGCAGCAAUGUGUUGAUUGCACUUUGUAAAGAAGACGGUAGAGCUCUAGAAGCCUUUGAGCUUUACUAUGAGUUAGUGGAAAGGAAAAUUGAAGUGCCUUUGGAGUGCUUAGAAGAUUUAAAACAUAGACUAGAGGUGGAGGGAAGGUCUAAAGAAGCUGAAUUUGUUGCCAAUAGGAUGAUGCCAAAAGGCAGGGCCUAAUUUGUUGCAGAAAGAAACUCAAGCCCCAUUUGUCUACACUAACUUCUUGGAGACUUUUGAAUGGAGACUAUAGGUGUUACUCAACAAAAGUGAAAUAUAUUUGGGAGAGUAACUUAGAGCUCAUUUGGCAAGGCAUGAAAUUGCUGAAGUGAUAGAAUGCGCAAAAUUUACUGGAGAUGUGGGAGAAGUAGUUGAGUAUGCAGAGUUGUGUAAAAAAGUAUUUAACAAUUUUAACAUAUACUUUGUAUACCUAAAUUAAAUCUGAAGGUAGAAAUGCCGUGUUCUUUAAUUCCACUUUCCAUUUCCAGUCAUUUCAAGUAAAAAGAUGUAACUCAUGCAUGAUUUUUUUUAUCAAUUGACCCCUAAUUCAGCCAGAGCACUGAAAUGCAUUAUAUUUUGUAAAAAAUGUUUUAUUUAUUUUUUAAAAAAUUGUAAGACAAAAAAUGUUUACUGACGCCCUCUUAGUCAUGUCAUUUCACUAUGUUUGGUUUAUAGGUUUGUUAGUGAUAUGAUGCGGGAAGAGCAUGGGGCGGGACGGGCUUGAGCCCACCUUCGUGGGCUGGCCGCGAGCAAUUUAAUUAAUUUUAAUUAUUCCUUUUAUUUUGUUUCCUAAUUUAUUUUGUUUCCUAGUAUGAUUUAAUUAGGACUUCUAUUAAUUAGAGGUUUCCUAUUUCUAUUUAGUUUCCUUGAAUGGUUUAAUUAGGACUCCUAUUAUGUUUCUUACUAGGAUUUACACAACACUUUAACGGAAAAGAAGGUGGCUGCCGCGAUGGUAGCUAUGGAAGGAGGAGCGCUUUACUGGGUGACCUGGCUGAGAUCGCGCAGGCCCCGGAUGACUUGGGCAGAUUUCAAGCAAGCCUUGGUGGACAGAUUUGAUUCUCGAUUUCAAGGGAAUAAGUAUGAACGACUGUCUGGAGUCAGGCAAAUUGGGUCUAUAGAAGAUUACAACAUCUUGUUUGUUCAGCUAGCAAGCCAAGUUCUAGGGUUACCCGAUGAGCACUAUUUGGGAUAUUACAUGAGCGGUCUUAAGGAGAUAAUCCGAAGCUCGCUGCGAUUGCUCCGACCAAACAACCUGGAGAUGGCUAUGGAAUUAGCUCGCGAAGUGGAGUAUAAUCUGUCCGUCCAAAGUGGAGAAAGUGGAAGCCUGAAUUAUCAUUCAUCAGGGGUACGUUCUAUCAGCCUUUUAAGGGCAAACACAGGUUCCCCGUUGACUGCCAUUGGUGGCAGCUUACAGGGUUCGGAGGGCAACUUUGCGAAAGAUAGUGGACAGCCUCCGGGGACGAAGUCAGGGUUGUCUGGGCAGCCUACGACACGCUUUCAGUUCACUCGACUUCCGCCGAAAGAGUUUGCAGAACUGCGGGCGAAAGGAUUAUGUUUUAGGUGCAAGAAACCAUUUACACCAACACAUGACUGUCCCUUUAAGCAGCUGCGGGUAAUGAUAGCUGAGGAGGAUGAAGAGUUGGACCUCAAGCAGCAUGAAUUCUGUGAAAUAACCGGCCAGGAAAAGGUCCCGGAAAGAGUAGAAGGAUAUUUUCCAGUCUAUACUAUGUCUGGAUAUUUCAGUUCCCGAUCCGCGAGUUUUCAACCUUGAGGACAAGGUUAAUUUGAAGGAGGAUGGAUUGAUAUGAUGCGGGAAGAGCAUGGGGCGGGACGGGCUUGAGCCCACCUUCGUGGGCUGGCUGCGAGCAAUUUAAUUAAUUUUAAUUAUUCCUUUUAUUUUGUUUCCUAAUUUAUUUUGUUUCCUAGUAUGAUUUAAUUAGGACUUCUAUUAAUUAGAGGUUUCCUAUUUCUAUUUAGUUUCCUUGAAUGGUUUAAUUAGGACUCCUAUUAUGUUUCUUACUAGGAUUUAGUUUCCUAUUCAGUUUUGGAUGUAAGGGUUAUAUAAACCCUUGCCUAGGCUUAUUCAAAUCAGGCAUUAAUAAUAUUGGUUUUAGCUAUUUAGCUCUGGGCAACGGAUCCAGCCGUUGAUUAUUUUGGGCAACGGGUUACCCCGUUGAUUUUAUUUUUCUCUUCUUAUCAGUUAGGUAGACAGUUGUUUUGAGAACAAAAUGUCUUUGGUUAGGGGCAAUGUAUUUAUGAAUAAGAGGGGAGUAUCAUAGAAUGUUUUAAUAGGUACUGGAGGUAUUUGUUGAAUCUAAUAUUCAGUGUUUCUAACAAAAUGCAGGAUCUGUUUGUUUUCUUUUGGAGAUUUGCAAUUUUGCAUUUCUUCUUACUCUUUGCAGUUUCACUAUGAUUUUAAAUGAGCAUAGUACACCUAAUACUCAUAUAUAGAUCAGCAAAGAUCUGAAGCAUCGUGACGAUUGUGUUUCUACUAAUUAAAUCUCUGUUAUAUGGCCUGGCUCCACCCCACUUUAAUACAAUAGGUUGCAUUGUACUUUUCAUGGUCAAAUUUUGCUCUUCAACCAAUACUUUUGAUCAACAUUUUUUCUUAAAAUUAUGUUUGUGUGCUUUAUGAGAGUACUCUUAACAAAGAAACAUUUCCUGUAUUACUUUCACAUUGUAAAUCAUUUUGAACAAAAAUAUAUUAUUGGCCAACGUAAGAAGUCUUUGAGCAUAAAAAAAACUAAUAACAUAUGGCCUUUAAAAGUGUGAGGAGGAAGUACAUUGGUCUAAGGAUCAUGUGAUGAGAAUUCGUUUUGCUUUUCUUAACAUUCACUAAUAAUGGUUAAAUAGAUGCAUGUACAAAAUCCCAAAAUUCUGCAACACUUUUGCUUGAAUUCAAAGCUGUUAAAAUUGCAGAUAUACAUUGUCUUGUUAAAUCCAGAAACAUCUAGUGUGUGGCAUCAUCUUAUCGGCAAUGCCUUCAGAGAGAGAAUAUUAUCAAAAUCUGAAGACAUGUAAGAUCGAGGCAGCCCGAAAAUCUCCCAGAAAUGGAGAGCUUGAUCUGCUCCAGCUGAUACCACUGUUUAUCCAUCCAGGCUAUUCAGCGGAAAGAAUUGAAUUAAAAAACAGAUUGAAACAUGGAACACUUGUGUGAAGGAGUAUGACACUGAGAGAUGGGGGGUUUACAAGCUUGGAUGACUCAACAUCCUGAAGCUGAAUCUCAGAGCUUGAAUGUCCUACGCCUAAUGAUUUUCCGUCGUUAGACCAUGCAACACUGCUUGCAUAAUGAUCGCUAUGAUUAUCAUUCAAAUCCCCCAAAUGCUGAACUUUACGAUUAACAGCGUUCAACAUGAAGACUAAUGAGUGCAAUGCAAUGGCUACAAUGUUGGUUCUUCCCCAAUCAAUGAGGUUCAAAUAGAAGUCAUCCCUUAGGAGUCCUACACUCCUACAUGCCCACUGCGUGCAUAAAAACAUUUAUUCAAUUCAUGUCCUACCCACAUGAAGAAAAUCACCAUUGUUGUAUUUAUGUGGCUAUCAUGUGCCCAUUUCUCCCAAAAGCAAACAAAUGGAUUGUUUUUACAUAAAAAAAAUUGAUUUUUAAUCUUAAUUUCUGAAUUCAGAUGUUUGAAUAAAAUAUAUACUCAUCCC